CGGUGUCGGCGGCGCCGCAGCAGUCCAUCAUCGUGAACCGGGCGGGCGCGCGGCUCAUGAUCCCGCGCGCCUCGCUCAACCAGCUGUACGUGCCGGCCGGGCCGGGGGCCGGCAGGCCGGCCGGCGACGCGCCCUUCACCAUCAGCACGCAGGCGCACCUCGGCCCAAUGAUGGUCAUACCGGGCGGCCUAGGCGCGGCCAGCAACGGCGGUGCCACGGUCGUCACGUACCCGGCCGUCAGCUCGGUGGGCGUGGCGGCGGGCGGGCCGACGGCGGCGCUGCCCACGGCCGCCGCACCCUCCGAGGCCGGCCCCGUCUCGGCGCAGGUCAACAAACAGGCGCAGACGCUGACGGAGCUGAUGCGCGAGGGGGUGGAGAAGCUGCUGGGCGAGCUCUCGGCGGCGGGGAGCACGCAGGCCACCGUGACCAGCCUCCGACUGCAGAUCGAGCGGCUCCAGUGGAAACAUCAGACCGAACUGGCUGAACAAAAGAAGACACUAGAGUCUCAGCUGGCCGAGCUGCGGACGACCAUGGAGCAGGAGCAGCGGAAGGCGGCCUUCAAACUGAGCGCCACGCUGGCGGCCGAGCGGAAGGACUGGGAUCGCCAGCUGGAGCAGCGCAUCAGCGAGACCAAGAAGAAGCAGUGGUGCGCCAACUGCGGCAAGGAGGCCAUCUUCUACUGCUGCUGGAACACUUCCUACUGCGACUUCCCCUGCCAGGAGGCCCAGUGGCCGAAGCACAUGUUGACCUGCGCCAACCAGCAGGGUAACGGCGCGGCGGCGGCGGACGGCUCGGUACCGCGACACUAACGCCGCUUCUCCGCCGCGCAGGAGGCCCAGUGGCCGAAGCACAUGUUGACUUGCGCCAACCAGCAGGGUAACGGCGCGGCGGCGGCGGACGGUGGCGUCUCUGGGGACGGCGACCGUCUGCCUGCCGCGUGAACCGCCUCCCGCCGGCUCCAGGCACCGCGGCGGGCUCCCGCCGCCCGGCCCACAAACAGCGCAUGCUGGUGGCUGUGCGCGUGCGCGCGCGCGCGCGCGAUCAGGUUGCUGCCACUUUCGCUACAUUUUCAUAUUCAUCAUCGUUGUCACUACCAUUUGACAUGACGUUCGUUUGCUAUGUGCUCGCAGUGGCCGUUUUUAUGUCGGAGUUUUGAGCAGAACGUUCGGCUUUCGGGCUUGGACGCCAGAUCAGUCUCGAUUGAAGCAUUUGUCGAGAAUAUAUCGUUUAUAUGAAGUUC